AUGGCCAAUCUCAACUACCAUGUGAAUCGACAGGAGGGUCUGGAGCGCCUGUUUGCUGGCGCCGGGUUCGUGUGCGAGAGCAUGGCUGUCCACGAGCGCGAGGUGGUCAACCGCGCGAGCGGCGUGCGCAUGAGGCGGCGCUGGGUGCAGGCCGUGUUCAGGCUGGCUGCGGGCGCGGCCGGCGCGGGCUGUGGGGCGGUGGGCGUGGGGGCGCAGGAUGCGGCCGGGCGGCAGCAGCAGGAGCAGGAGCGGCAGGAGCAGUCGCAGCAGCAGCAGCACCCGCAGCACGAGCAGGAGCAGCAGCAGCAACAGCAGCAGCAGAAGCAGCAGCAGCAGCAGGAGGCUGAGCAAAGGGAGCAGCACACCAAGGACCGAUCCCGGGAAGAUGACACCCCGUGUGAUGAGGGCUGCGACGAUGCGGUGGAUGAGGAGGAGGACGGCAAGGAGGACCGGCAGCUUCCGCAGCAGUACGCAGUUGUCCCGCUGCUGGGCACCAACUGGCGCGUGCCCGCCUGCUGCGCCGAGGCCUGCGCGUCUGCGGCGGAGCUGAUGCAAGGCGACGGGGACGCCGGGGUCGGCGGCGGUGCCUGGCGGCCGGUGGCGCGGCUAGCUCGGUGGGUUGCCGAGGAAGGGGGGGGUUUAGUGCAGGGCAAGGCGGUGGUGCUGCUGCCGCCGCCGCUGGCUAAGUCGCCUGCGGACGACGAGGCGGGGGAGGCAGCGGCCUGGGCGGCGGCGGGCGCGUGGGCGGGGCUGGCGCUGCUCGCAGCGGCGCGGCUGGGUGCGCGGCGCGCGGGCACCGUGUUGGCGGAUUGGGGCGCCGAGGGCUGGGGCGGCGGCGGCAGCGGCGAGGGCAGCGGCACCGAGCCAGCGGGGGCCGCGGCAGCGGAAGAAGUUGGGCUGCGCGGCGGCGAGGAGCGGGAGCGGCGGGCGCAGCCGUCACCGCUGCGGCGGCGGGCACGCUAA